AUCCGAUCAAGACUGGACGUCCAAAGUCAUACAUACGUCUCCCGUUCAUGUAGGGCGGUUUACACAUUCAGAGAUUUGCUGCGAUGUGCCAUGCAAUUAUCUGGUAUCAUGCCAUUUGUUCCCACACUACUCCAUGCUAUAAUUCUCGCAUUGCAUGUCAGAGUAUCCUCCGAACGGGCUAUAGCUGCUCCGGACUGAGUAUCUGGGAAAUCCCCAUGACCGGCCGGUGUCGCGAGUGCAAGAUCCACAACUCGAGGAAGAAGAGGUUAUUUGCCCUGAUGGGGGAUGGUCGGUCGUCCACAACUACAAGCAUACAUGAAGGAAGCCCGACCAGCUCUCCAACCAAGACCGAUGCACCAGUUCUCCGCUGUACAAAUCGUGCGGGAGGCGAAGAGCUGGACCUCUUCAAUAAAAUCACCUUCUGAUGGGGGGAAUAGACUCCUUGACUUCCUUCUCCUUGCUCUGCUGGGAGGAAUACAAACGUGGGGAAAAUCGAAUGACACUUGACGAAACUGAACUGGGAUCUAUUGGGUCGAGAUGUCAUUAAGAAAGGUCGUCGGU